UGAAAAAAAAGAGGAUCCAGAAAAUGACACACGAUUCACACUUUGUACUGACAUGGAGUACCAUGUCCUCCUCCCCCGCCAGCUUUCCAAAUUACACACAUAUGUGGUUUGGAAAAGCUCAUGAUGAGAGUCUGGCAACAGUGAAAAGAGCAACAAUGAAGGCAUUGGGUUUCCAGAUGAUAAUGCACUGAUUCAGGGGCCGUGAAGAGUUAAAGAGACACCAUCAUCGAGGAGAAUGAGUUUGCCUUCCUGAAACGUUUUACCGAAUAUAAAAGCCCAGGAACAGUAAGGACAGACCAGCAGAAACCCCUCUCUCUUAUAGGGUGCCUUCCACUCCACGUUACUGCCAGUCUUACCUCACUGAUCGCACGAGUAAAAUACUUUUCAAGCUUCCUUCCAGACGGACUUUGAAUUUUGGAAGGACUCGACCUACAUUUUGCCAGUGACUGCAUGCAAGAGUGUACCGCUUUUCAAUCUUCAACUGGGAAUCAUGAAGCUCUGCUCUACACUGAGUCUGAUCAGGUUACUGUGCGCUCUGCAAGGGACAAGUGCAUUUGUUUCAGCAGAUGCCCCCAGCACGCUCCUUUCAUCAAAUUUCAGCGAGAAUGGAUCGUCUUGGACAAAAUACCUGGCACCUGGGAAUGUCCCGAAAGCCAGACGGAGGCGAUACAUCUCGCAGGCUGACAUGUCAGUUAUUCUCGAUUACCACAAUAAGGUUCGAAGUCAAGUCAACCCACCUGCUGCAAACAUGGAGUACAUGGUAUGGGAUGACAACCUGGCAAAGUCUGCUGAGUCUUGGGCUGCUAUGUGUAUCUGGGACCAUGGACCCUCGUACUUACUGCGAUUUCUUGGGCAAAAUCUAUCAGUUCGCUCUGGACGUUAUCGAAAUAUUCUACAACUAGUAAAACCUUGGUAUGAUGAAGUGAAGAGCUAUAGUUUUCCAUAUCCUCGUGAUUGUAACCCCAGGUGUCCCCUGAAAUGUUAUGGACCAGUAUGCACACACUACACUCAGAUGGUUUGGGCAACAUCCAACCGAAUAGGCUGUGCACUCCAUACCUGCCACAAUAUGCAUGUCUGGGGGUCAACAUGGCGACGUGCUAUUUACCUCGUAUGCAACUAUUCUCCAAAGGGAAACUGGAUUGGGGAAGCACCAUAUAAAGUCGGAGUACCAUGCUCAGCCUGCCCACCCAGUUACGGAGGAGUCUGUAGCAACAAUCAGUGCUUUCCACGAGUAACAUCAAACUACUUAUACUGGUUCAAAUGAUUGGUUAGGUUUGCAGAAUAUGUUAGCAGCGCAACGUUAGGAUUCCUCUACAGAGUUACUAGUCAGCUGAAGGAACUUUGCAGAACAUAUUUUCAUUACUAUACCCAUUAUUAUCACUGAAAGUUUUGUCUUAAAAGAUAUCAUCUUACAAAACACUUAAUAUUAUCAUUGUACUGCUUUUAACUUUCACCAAGUUAGCUCUUGUAGAAAUGCAAAAAUUAUUAUAUCAACACAAGGCACUGUAUUUAUGAAGAAAAACAGCAUAAUACUGCAAAAUGUUGCUACUUUUUGAUAUACAGGUGAGAAUAGAAAGCAGUUUAGCACAGGUUUUGUGCAUGGAUAUGGUAUAGUAUUACUGAGAAAAGCUGUUCAUUGAUUAUCCAUAUGGGUAUGCAUAGGUUUGCACCUUGGUUACUGUUAAAAUCUGAGGAUCAGUUAGAUAAGCUAAAGGAUGUGCUUGUAGAAAGCAGUAAUUAUAGCAAAUGAUAAUUUCAUCAUCUCCACUCUGAAUAACUGAGGCAGUCUAGCUAUUAAAGCUUCACAUGGUGCUAAAAACUUUAUUUAAGAAACCUGCUAUUCCAUAAGACACACAGGCUCAAAUCUUCCGGUUUCUGGAUUGUCGGAGACUGGACGUUCGACUGAAGAUGCGCCUCAGGACCCUGUGGAGGUCCUGACACACUGACCAGUGUGGGAAUUGCCCAGGAAGUCUAAACUUAUGAUGGGCAAUUCCCCUGCUCCAUGGAACCCUCCACGAAUGUCUCUGACUGUACUAGAAUCGGAGACUUGGGAUAGAUCUGCGGUACUCACCUGGAUAGUUACCCAGGAAAUGUUGGACAGAUUAAAACCUGGUCUAACUCCUGGGUAAUUCCACAACUAACCGCUCCCCCCCAUCAACCCCAUGAUCCCUUUGACUAAACCCGGCCCACUCAACUUUCCCCAGAUCUGACCCGACUAUCCCCUGGACCACCAGUCUACCUCCCCCCCCACCCACCCCGAUCUGACCCAACUACACCAGAAUUACCUGACUACCCCCCUCCCCCGACUGGACCUGGCUACCACCCAACCAGCCGAAUACCCCCGGACUUGACAUGACCAACCCCUCCCCCCUCAAGACCCAACUAACCCCUGACCAGACAUGACUACACCACCCUGACCGACCCGACUACCCUCUCGACCUAACCUGACUAUUCCCCUGACCACCUCACUGCCCCCGACCCAACUUGACUAACUCCUGACCGCCUGACUACUCCCCCAACCGGACCUGACAGCCACCCUGACCUGAAUAACCUCCCCUGACAUCCCGACUACCCCCCUGAUCUGACCUGACUACCAUCCGAGUAUCCCACUGACUCGGCCUGACUACUUCACCUGGCCCGAUUAACCAGCCCCAAAUGGACCACCCCUCCGGAUCAGACUCGACUACCGCCAGACUAUCCAUUCACCCACCUAACUUUCUACUUACCCAUUUACCCACUUGCUCAGUGCAAUUUGUUCAAAGUUGGCGAACCCAGUGCAAAAGUUUGUGGAAUUUAUGUGCAAAUUUUGUUCAGCACAACUUGAGUUUCUGCAAACUUUUGUGCUGGUUUAAAGACAUUUGUCUGCAAUCAGGCCUUGCCCAUUAAACCAACCAAACCCCUGACUUGAAUUAACGAUCUUAGUGAGUGUCCACCAAUUGCAACCAUCUGUGGACCUUAAAAAAGGCCUAAGAAGUCAGCUUAUCUUAGGCACAAGGGUAUUAAUAGCUCAUUCUAAAAGCUUUCUUUUCCCCCAAUUAACUAUGAAACUAAUUACUGUACAACAACAUAGCUGACAAAUGGUCUGUGAAGUUUCUUAAAAUUCAUUUUCAGAUACUUAAAAUCAGCUUCAUCAUAGAUUUUGGACUGGACACCUAUUAAAAUUCUGUUUUUUGAUUAGCCCAUUUUCAGCUGCAUUAAUGAAACUGCACUCCUAAGUAUAUUGAGGAAUAUUUUUAAAGCAAUUUUUUUUUUAAGUUCCAAAAUGCUGCCUGAUUGUGUUGGUUGAUGGCAGAUUUUGUACUUGUGGAAAUGCAAAUGACUGAGUAGAAACGUGAGAAAAAAGAACACAUGUCAAAACCAGUGCAAUUUUGGGUGCAAUUUGCACCCAGAUCAUUAAUUACGUGUGCUUUAUUGCUGGCUGUGCAAUUCCAGUCCUAAUGAAGCAAACAGAUACUCCUUUUUGGAUGGGAAUUACUGAAAUUGUGCAGUAGUUAUUAAUCUAAAUAGGUGAUGCAAAUUAGUGUGUUUUGUCAAAGUGAGCAUAUUUGUGAUUUUCUGCACAAAUACUCUAUGCAGCUGCAGGAUAUAUCAAAGACCAAGGUAUCACCUUGUGGAAUUGUGAUGAUAAAGCUUGAUACAAUUGUGACAUUAUGGGCCAUACUUUAAAACAAUUUUGUCUCCCUCCAGCUGAGCUACAGAUACCAGGAAGGCCCCUGGUUAGAUCCUCAGUUUGUACUACGUUAGCUGAUCUUCAUAAGGGCAGCAGUUAUACUUAGCUUCAUUAUUACUAGGUAACAGAGGGGAAAGUAGCUGGACGUGUGCAUAUAUGAACCUCAGGUGGGAACAGGAGCAGGUUUAGCUGUUAAGGCUCUUAUCUAUAGAAGAAUAGCUUGACAAUGAUUAUUGGUGAGGCUCAUUCAUAAUUGGCAUCAGGAGGAGAUACAAAUAAACACAUUGAAUUGUUUCCCAGUUGAAAAUCGAUGCUUUCAGGAGAGGAGAAGAAGUUAGCAGAUAAAAUUGAUGAAAUGAAAAUUAAAAACUGCAUGGUAACAGAAAUACCUUUGCUCUACAUUUCCUUCAUGGGAUAAAUCAUUUAAUAUUCUUCCAUUUGCUGCAAUAUCUUGCCUUUGCUGUGCUCCAUGAAAGGGAGAAGAGAAUAACUUAAUACAGUGAAAAUACACUGACAAAGCAAUUUUAAUAUGAAGCUGGCACUGGUACAUUUGUAACCAUUGCACUAUAGAAUCCUUCACUGUUCUGUGGAAUACUGACAAUUUAUAACAGAAACAUGCAGUAACAAAAUCCACUAAUGAGAAUUGGAUUUUGAAGGUCUAGGAAUUUGAUUUUUUUUACUUCCCUGUCUAAAGAAUGAAGAAAACAGCCAUGGUCCCUUGUGUUGCUUCAAGCAAGGUUGUUUCUUAUUUUUCUGGGAUUUUGAUACACUUUGAAAAAUGUUGGAAUCUGCUCAAAUUAGCUUUUUAAUAUUUGCUAGCACAAAUUAGUACCUCACACAUUUGAAUGGAAUAAUUAAAACCAGGCAGGGUGGGUAAGUGGCCGUACACCAUUGGAGAGUAAUUAUUUUGCCAAUUUCAUACUUUGAAGCUACAGAUUGCCAAAAAAUAAUUACUUUGUGAAAUGUUAAGAAUUUUUAGGGGCAGUGAGUGAAAGGAAAUGAAAGUGUUUGCUUGGAAGAGCCUUCACAUCUUUGCCCUGGCUAAUUCACGCUUUUUGUUGAUAUGGUUGGACAUAUUUUUGUUGACAGUCACAGAAUGAGACAUUAUUAUUUACAGGUUUCAUUCAUUAUAUUUCACAGAUACGGUGGGGGGAAUUUUAAGUCCCAAAUCUGCCAACCUGAAACAUGGCUAGAGGCAGUUAGAAUGGAAUAGCGGACUUAACCCUCAACUUCCUGCCCUCGUUCUGCAAGAUCCAAGGUUACCUGCCAAAACUAACAGAUUUCUUUUGUAAAUAUUCAAAUUGGGUUCCAAUGAUGCAAUAUUAACCCUAGGACAGUGUUGCGAAGUCAAACUUGCUGGUAUCAGGAGUUGGGUCAGAUUAGCAGCACCAUUGGUUCUUUUAACAUUUUCUUUCAGCUUCCUUGUGGACCAGGAGGAGCAAAAGUGUGUGGAUUCCACAAGGAAACUUGGGUCUCCCCUAGUCUAGUUUCCCACUCUUGAUCAUGAUCACUUCCGGCCCUCUGGUUUUCGAAGCCCUAAUAUUUUCAAAUUUAAACAGGGCAUCUAAUUAGGAAGCAUAAAGAGGUACAAUUCUAUUUUUAAAUACAAAAUUUAAAACAGAUGCAAGUAGUCAGUAUAGAAAUUUUGAACUAAUCUACCAUUUCACCUAGUUUACACAAAACUUAAAAAUUAGCCUUAAAAUUACGUCAUGUGAUAUCAUAUGAGCAUUUAACGCAUUUGUCUACAAUUCCUUUUCCACUUAAUUUAUUUUAAACACAUUAAUUUCUCAAUUAAAAUAGGAAAAUAAUGUCAGGGUUGAAUAUUACGGGUGAACCGGGGUCAGCGCAAUAGACAAAAUUAAACAAGGUGUAGAACCGAUAGCCGCAUGCGAUACCUCCCUACUUACAUUCUCACCAAAGUUGAAAUUACGCCUGUAUUUGUUAUCCCACUGUAUAACUCCAAAGCAAUAGUCAGAAGUGAGAAAAUAGGUCCCGAUCCAUGUAGCAUUAGUUAACUAACAAAGCUGGGUUCUUUCCUCAACAAAGUAAAUAACCUGGAAAACUGGUACACUUUCCGAAGCAAUAAUAUCAUAUACUGGUUAAUUCUAUUUCAUUUUACAUUGCAUUGAACUGUGCCAAACAUACUCAUAUUGUUGAUUGUGUUUCUAUUUAAAUUACUUUUGAAAGAUUUGUACUUAAACUGCAACCCUGUAUACACAUCAUUCAUCUUGAAAUCCACAAGCUAAUAUAGAUGGAAAAGCUGGUUGUUUUGAUAUUAAAAUAGUGAUCUUGUAUGUCAACUGUUCUCCAUAAGUGGUAAAUAAAAGUUUCUG